AAAAUUAAAAAAAAAAAAGGGUCUGCAAAAAGUGGUGGCUCUCUGAAAAAGCUUAGUGGGAGAGUGAAGAAAGAACUCACUAUAUUGUUACAUGAUCUUUGUGGAUGAUUUGCAAAGAAGGGCCAAGAUCAGUUUUUUAUUUCUUGCUCUCAUAUUUUUCUGAUUAAAAUGAUCAUGUCUCUCAAGCCCAGCAAGUUCUUUGUUUUUCUUCUUUUGUUUCUUCCAUUUUUAUUAGCUAUUUCACAGUCCCUUGAGUUCAGGAACCCUGAAGUUCAAACACUGAUUGCUCUAAGGGAAGGUUUGGCUGAUCCUUAUCGGGCUCUUAGCAACUGGGAUGAGAACUCUGUAGACCCAUGUAGCUGGUCCAUGAUCACCUGCAAUUCUGAUAAUCUUGUUACAGCUUUGGGAGCUCCUAGUCAGGGUUUAUCAGGUUCCUUGUCACGGGUGAUUGCAAACCUCACAAACCUCAGACAAGUAUUAUUGCAGAACAAUAAUAUUUCUGGGCACGUUCCUAAAGAAAUAGGUUACCUCCAAAACCUUCAGACUUUGGAUCUCUCUAACAACAAGUUAUCUGGAAAUAUCCCAGACUCCCUGAGUUUCUUGAAUCAUCUACAGUAUUUGAGGUUGAACUACAAUAACUUGACUGGGGCUGUACCCCUUUCUUUAGUCAGUCUCUCUCAUCUUACUUUCUUGGAUUUGUCCUUCAACAAUCUCAGUGGACCUGUUCCCUCUUUCCCUGCCAAAACAUUUAACAUUUUGGGUAAUCCUCUGAUUUGUGGAAAUCACUCUAACAACAAAUGUUCGGACUUAGUCUUGGCUACUCCUCUUUCGCUUGCCGUAAAUCCAUCUUCAAGAAAAGCCAUGACCAAGAAAUUAGAGAUUGCGCUUUGUGUGAGCCUUACGCUCGUCACCAUUUUAGUCUUAGGCUUAGGAUGUACCUUUCGCGCGAGAAACAAGUGUAGAAAGCAGUCCGUUUUGAAUAUCACUGAUGUUCAAGAAGAGGAUCUUAUAAAACUAGGGAACGUCAAAACCUUCACAUUGAAAGAGAUACAGCGCGCGACUGACAAUUUUAACCCCGGGAACAUACUUGGGGUCGGGGGAUUCGGCAAUGUGUAUAGGGGCAAAUUGGGAAACGGGACACUUGUGGCUGUCAAGCGGCUCAAGGACUUAAACGGGUCCACUGGAAUAUCUCAGUUCAGGAUGGAGCUAGCAAUGAUAAGCCUUGCCGUUCACCGUAAUUUGCUCCGCAUUAUUGGUUACUGUGUGACCCCACACGAGAGGCUUCUCGUGUAUCCUUACAUGUCCAAUGGGAGUGUUGCAUCAAAGCUUAGAGGGAAACCGGCUCUCGACUGGAACACGAGAAAGAGAGUAGCACUUGGGGCAGCAAGGGGCUUACUCUACCUUCACGAGCAAUGUGACCCGAAAAUAAUUCAUAGAGACGUUAAGGCCGCCAAUAUUCUCUUGGACGACUUAUACGAGGCCAUUGUGGGUGAUUUUGGGCUCGCCAAAUUACUCGACCACAAAGAAUCGCACGUCACGACAGCUGUCCGGGGCACCGUGGGCCACAUUGCUCCCGAAUACCUCUCGACCGGCCAAUCGUCCGAGAAAACCGACGUGUUCGGAUUUGGAAUUCUCCUUCUUGAGCUCGUCACUGGAAUGCAGGCCCUCGAGUUCGGAAAAUCGGGUAACAAAAAAGGAGCCAUGCUCGAGUGGGUCAAGAAGAUACAGCAAGAGCAAAAAAUCGAGCUGCUUGUUGACCCGCAGCUUGGGGUCAACUACGACAAAAUCGAAGUAGGGGAAAUGGUGCAAGUAGCUUUGUUAUGUACUCAAUACCUACCGGCCAACCGGCCCAAAAUGUCGGAUGUGGUCCGGAUGCUUGAGGGAGAUGGGCUUGCUGAGAAAUGGGCCAUGACCCAUAACUACAUUCAUGUGGCUUCGAGUUUCUCGCGCAACAAUAGCGACUCGCACUCGGAAAUUGCUGUUGGCAUUGGUCAUGAUCCGUCGAGCAUGUUUGGGAUGACGAUGACUACAGAUGAUGAUGAUGACGAUGAUGCACAUUGCAUGGAGCUUUCUGGUCCAAGAUAAAUGGGAAUUUGAUUGAGAGAUUAGUUGAACAUGUGGAUAAUGAAGAAGGAAGAUUAUUGAAUUUGUUACUUGGUGAUUUUAUGAUUUCUUGUGUUUAUUCUGAUGUGCCACUCUUGUUUUAGAGGUUUAGUAAUUCUUGUGAUUGUAAAUAAUAAGUCCCAUGACAUUUCUCGUGACUAUGAAAUUAUGAAAAGAGAGACGCGUUAUUGGGCUUUUGUUGUGGGCUUAUUGGGCUCCAUCCUAUAUCGAGGGGCUUGGAUAUUCAUGGACAUAGGUUCGGGUUGUUGAUAGAGUUUAGUUUGUUAAUUUUAAUAAAUGAGUGGAG